AUUUUCGAUUUGCCUGCAAUUUCUAAUUCAGGUUUUUCUUAGCAUCUUGGCAGAAACCAUCAAACGUCUCUACUGUCGCUAAACCUGAUGCAUAAUGCUAAGUACGAAAAGAAGCCGGUCUAACAAGGUUAUUAUUGAGCCCCCCGUCCAAAGCUGCACGGUAAAUAUUGGAAGUGUUUUGCCAUAGGCUGGUCAUCAUGUGUUGUUGUUGCCAUAGCAAAUGCCAAUGGGAGCCAAGCAGCAAGUACUUAUAGCGUUACCUAUAGUUUAAACGCAGAGGAUCAAGUUAUUGCACCGUGCUUCGAGCAAUUUACACAGAAUGUGCCAAACAGUUGUCAAAAUGACUCUUGUCACUUUUUGACGUUGAUGUUUACUGGGAUUUCAUCUCUGCUUAACCUUGAGUAACCUCGCAGAAAUUCAAUAGCCGAAACAAACUGUAUCAGUUACAAAGAAGACACAUAGAGAUCAAGGCUCUUUUAAAAGCAUUUAUUACCGUGAGUCCAACGAUAGUAAGGCUUCGAUAAGGACAGAGGGUUUGCUAAUCCAACACCUCGUUUGUGUCUUUUUUAUUCCACAAGAGACAACCACUGCUUAUAAGCAGAGCCAGAGCCGUUGGAUAGAGAUAGUGGUUUGCAAAAUAAAUAGCAACUGGGUAUCGGCGUGGCUAAAUAUUUUCAAAGACGAAAGUAUACUUCAAUAGGUCCCUGAAAACGCUUGACAGACCACUCAAAAAAGGCUACCACCUCGUACAGGAAAUGUUUCGUGGAAUCAUUUCGGCAUGGUCGCAUGUUAUUUUACACACGUCAGCCAGAGUUAUAUAGCUGGAGUCGUAUAGCUAGAGUCGUAUAGCUGGAGUCAUAUAGCUGGAGUCGUAUAGCUGAAUUGCUAUAGCUAGAGAGGUAUAGCUGGAGUCAUCUCGCUGGAGUCAUCUCGCUGGAGUCAUCUCGCUGGAGUCAUCUCGCUGGAGUCAUCUCGCUGGAGUCAUCUCGCUGGAGUCAUCUCGCUGGAGUCAUCUCGCUGGAGUCAUCUCGCUGGAGUCAUCUCGCUGGAGUCAUCUCGCUGGAGUCAUCUCGCUGGAGUCAUCUCGCUGGAGUCAUCUCGCUGGAGUCAUCUCGCUGGAGUCAUGCACCACGAGUCAUACAGCUGGAGUAAUAUGGAUAGAGUCACAGUCUUAUUUCAGUGGACACAGAGUUUUGAUAGAUCACUGCAGAAUGUCAUGGCUUAACAAAAGUUUACUUAGGUUAAAUCAAUUGAAAGUGGAGACAAAUAAUUAAAGAAGAGUUGAUUCUAGCUCAAACUUGCUUGAAUUAACAAAAUCUGAGGCGAUUAGAAAAAUCUAUUGCAGUGAGUGCAUCAUAAGCCAAGCCUGUUUUAAGCGAGAAGUGGUUGCAAAAAGGACAAAUGUGAGAUGAUGACGACUGAAGUUUUUAUAAUCUGGGACCAAAAACUACAAUGAUUUUGUCGAAUUUGUUUAUGGGCAUCUUAAAAAAGCUCAUGUCCGAGGUUAUAUGCAGUUCCAUGCAUUUACAACGUCAAAAAUCGAAGACAAGAACAAGCCUCGUUAUGUUCCAUGGAUCUUAGAGCACCAAAGUUUGACAGAGACAAAUGACGGACCGGAGACGAACCUUGUUUCUUAUAUUAUGAGAAAUCUGAUAAAAGCUUCGGGAGAAAAAAAUCAAAGGGCAGAGAAACAGCUGCAGCAACGACGAAAGAUUAUACUGGUUCAAACAAAGCAGGGCCAACAUGAAGAGCUUCUACUAAUUUUGUCAAGAAUAGACGAGUUUACGAAAGGAAAUGAAGUGAGAAUAUAUCGAAUGGAGAAGAAUUUUCAGCCAAGCGCAGAUGUGAAUAAGAGUAGUAGUGGCACUUUUGGCGCUGACAUGACAGCAAGCAAGUCAGGAAGUAGAGCAAGGGAAGAUCACUUUGAUGCUACAGCAAGCGCAACACCACUAAGCGACCUAGAUAGCGACAUUCCCAAAAGACACAGCCCACUAUGCUUCAAAUGCCUUGCCCAGUUAAAGAAUUUUAUUCUUGAAUACGAUGAAGCAGAGAGGGCCCGCAGAAGCUGGCCAAGCUCGAAACAAGGAAAUGAGUUAGAAAAAGGUAUGUGUCCAUUGUGUGCGAGAUCAUUUUACGAAGAAAUAACACACGGGGAAGGUACAAACCACUCUAUGAGAAUUAGCAGGUCGUUGAGAAAUCCUAGGGAGAAGGACAGGCUUAUAUGGAGCGGCAAUCAAGCAAAGGAGGCUUCAAAAAACUGCUUAUUUUGCUCAGGGGAUACCCAUUUAAAAGACAAAGCCAGCCAGAGAUGUGCAAGAAAUUUGACCCUACACGGUAAGAAACCGAAAUCAAGUUGUAGCUGUGAAGCAAAGCCAUUUAUGUGUACUAAAUGCUUUCUUAAUUCUCUCAUCGCAAAUGGUGAGAAUAACUACAUUGGGUUGGAACAAGGAGCAGACCAUACAAAUGUAAUAUCGUCUGAGAGAGAAGAUUUCAGGCCAGGAUCAGCACCGGCUAGAUUACAAUAUUACAAACCAAAAAUGGAAAGAAAAAACCCUAAAUACUUAGCUGGGUCUACAAUUGGCUCAAUAACUAAAACAAUAGAAAAUGCACAAGAGCGGAAAGUUGUGGCAGAGCCUAAAAGUGAAAAGUAUAGUAGAUCUGAACAUAGGUCUAAUAGAAGAUCCACAGACAAUUCUGGAAUUUUUGAUAUGCAAAUAGAAAAUUCAUUACAUGAUAAUGCUGAGAACAUCCAAGACAAGGAAAGCAGAACAUUAACGGAAGAGGGUGACCGCAGAGACGACACAGAAGCAAGUAAGGUCUCAUUUGAAGACUCCCUUGAAGAGCUUUUAACACGUUUAGCUAAAAGGUCUUCUAGGGUGUCUGAACGGGCAGAAAAUGAAGAAAUCGAUUAUCCACUUAUUGGUAAAGUCGGUGACGGAUCAGAGCUGCAAAUAGAAACUGAGCCCAAUAUAAAGUCAUUCGUCUCGGACGGAAUCAGAAAUGAACGAUUGAAUAGGAUUGAUGAUAGCAAAUCGGAAUUGAAAUCUCUGGAGACCAUUGAACCUUCUCCAAAAAUUCAUCCUCAGUCUUAUGAUGGUGUUCUGAUCAAGACGCCAUCUCGUAGAGAACGCAAGGAUGUCGAGGCGCCUUCGCAGGAAGACAAAGCAUCAAAACCUUUGACGAAUGGACAUUCAGACGAAAAUCAUUACAACUACGAAAUUUUUGAUCAGCUUGGAAAAGAAGCAGAUCUUCACAAAGUUCGUAGUCCAAGAAACAAAGGAAUAGAUUCGCUAAAAAAGGGGGAAAAUGAUAAAAAUGGACAACAUUUUUGCAAAUUCUGCCCAGAAAAAAUGUUUACUUCAGGGCAUGUCUGGAAAAUACACAUGAAAAACAAACAUAAGAAGUGUAACUGUCCUUGCGGGCAAUAUUUUGAAACGAGAGAAGACUACCUGAAACAUUUUUAUGGAAUAUUUCCUCUUGCAUGCUUCGUGGAACGAAAGUGCCCUGAACGGUUCCGGAGUCUCUAUUUCCAGGCGGUACAUCAUCGAGACAAGCAUUUAUGUGACCGGCCUUUCUUUUGCGUACUUUGCUUUGGGAACGACGAGGACCCUGAAAUAAAGAGGCGAGCCUCGUUUAAGGACAUGAAAUCACUAAGGAUUCACGCUGAGAGCAUAGGACAUGAUCCAAAUGAAAUGUUCCUGAUAAGCAGCAAGAGCGAAAUCGAUCAUAGUUCUCUGCCUUGGAGUAUGAAAUGCUCAGGAAUUGAUUUUUGUUAAUACAAAAUAUCCUCGCAUAUAAUAACCAUCAGACGCUUCUUAGGUCUUGCUUAAAAGUGCAUAUGGGAGUUGUAGAGUCAACAAUUUUUAAAGAACUUUUGUUUAAAGUAUUCGUUUUGAUUACGAGCUUAUUCAGUGAUUUCUAGCAGCAGGGUUGUCUUGUGUUGUGAUUUGCUGUGACCAGAGCAAAAUACUUUUUUAAAGAAAUCCAAAUUCAAAUUCUUAGGCUCGUUUUUAGCGGAAAUAUUCUGUAAAUAAAGUGCAAUUAGUAUUCUUUAAGGCCGGCUUCAAAAUCAGCCUCAAUCGUAUCCAGUUUAGGCCAGUAAACGUUCAUAUCGUACAACAUCCGUACUUUCAUGCCAACUUUACUGCUUUGUUGUGUGAAAAUAUUGAUGCAAAAUAAAAUUCGCCUAACGGUUAUGAAUUGUACGAAUUAAUGAAUUCCAUGUUUAUAUGAA